UUCGGAUUGAAACUUUCUACAGUGGUCUAAUCCAAGAAGACAAGAUUCUCAUUGACUCACUGUAUCAAGGGAAAUUGAUGAAUAUGACUCCACCCCAAGUGAUCGAGCUACUUGAAGAAAUGGCCCUCAAGGGAUAAGAUUGGGGAUUGACAAGAAGUGGGAGGAGAAGCAAUGAUAGGGGAGUGAGAAGUGUGGAAGCGAGCGCUCCACUUAAGGCGAAGUUGGACAAGUUGAUAGUGGUAAUUCUUGAAUGUAAGAAGCAAGGAAAGAGGCCAGUGAUGUCUUGUGAUUGGUGUUUGAGCACUAGCCAUGAGAUGGAGGAGUGCCAAGCAAUGAAGGAGGCAACCACUCCGGAGGAGCAAGUCAAUUUCCUGGCAAAUGCUAGGGCUAAUAACCAGUAUAGCAACACUUAUAAUCCCGGAUGGAGGAACCACCUCAAUUUUGCUUGGUCAUCACCGACAAAUCCGAGGCCCUCGGGUUUUCAAGGCUCCAUCGGCAAUCAUCAACCUCGCCGACCUUCAUCCAACAAAGACCUCAAGUCCAAAGCUCAAACUUCCAACAACCAAAUCUCACUCAAUGUGGUCAAGGGUUUCAACAACAACAACAACCCGACAAGCUAUCCAAGCUUGAAGACCUAGUGAACACAUUUGUGAGCACGAGUGCUCAAAAGUUCGAGAAGAUUGAGCAAUUCAUGGAUGUGGCGAAUAACAAAUUUACCUUGGUUGA